CAAGCCUUCUACCUGGUUCAUCUCUCCAUGAACAUAAAAAGAAACUUAGCCAGGGAACGUCAAACUGUGGCUGUUGAAAGGAACUCCUGUCCGGUGGCUACUGCUGAAGGCCAGGUGAGAAACAAGAAUAGGAAAAGACACAGCCUGAAGGCCGUGCUUAAGUGUUGGUCAGCAACUGCCCACAAGGAGCCAGCACACCUCCAGGGAUAGUAUCCGCAUCUCAGAAGAGCUUGUCAGGCAAUGUGCUGCUGAUGGACACAGGCCAGGCGUUUGCCUUAUCAACUGAUUCCUUUGGGCCAUGUCAGUGGUGACAUCACCAAGGAUCUCAGCCUCCAUCUUGCCUUCUCUGUGCAAAAGGCAAGUGACCCUAGAAGCAGUUGAGGUAAUGUUUCAGACUUGGGCUCCCCAGACGAAGGGACUGAGGCCGGAAUUUGCACCAGGACAUCGGUGUGUCAGGCUGGCAACCAUGUUGCUCCUGGGGGUAAUUCUUCUCCCAAGCAUGCACUGUGACCUGGAAUCGGUACACGGCUCUUCCCAUGAAAUAGUCAUCCCAGAGCAGCUGACAGUCAAGAGAGGCGAAGGUCUGGUCCAAACCGUAUCGUACAUGCUGUUCAUCCAAGGUCAGAAGCAGCUGGUUCACCUGAAGGUGAAGACAGACUACUCUGUGAGCGGCUUUCCCAUCUACAGUUACCAACGUGGUGUCCUGGAGCAAGCAGUGCCUUGGAUCUCACAGGACUGCCACUAUGAAGGCUACAUAGAAGGAGUGCCACAUUCUUUUGUUUCUGUCAACACCUGUUCAGGCCUCAGGGGCAUCCUGAUUACGGAGGAGGCAUCCUACCGCAUUGAGCCCAUGCCCUCUUCCCAACGGUUCGAACAUGUCUUGUACGCCACGGCACAUCAAGCCCCAGCCUCCUGUCGUGUGGCUUCCACACACAGCCAAGUGCUGCCCACUGGCCGGCAGCAAGACAGCAGGGAGCCUCAUCACCUCCAGGGGCUGUCCUACUUGUGGACACACACCAAGUAUGUGGAGAUGUUUGUGGUGGUCAACUACCAGAGGUUCCAGAUGUGGGGCAGUAACAUCAAUGACACGGUCCAGGGAGUACUGGACAUCAUUGCUCUGGCCAACAGCUUCACCAGGGGACUCAAUACAAAGGUGGUGCUGGCUGGGGUGGAGAUCUGGACCGAGGGGGACCUGGUAGAGGUCCCGGUGGACCUGCAGGUGGCACUCAGGAAUUUCAACAGCUGGCGGCGAGACAAGCUCCUCCACCGUGUGAGGCACGAUGUUGCCCACAUGAUCGUUGGGCAUCAUCCCGGACAGAGCAUGGGCCAGGCAUUUCUCGAUGGUGCCUGUUCGAGUGGUUUUGCGGCGGCUGUGGAAUCCUUCCAUCACAAAGAUGUCCUCCUCUUUGCAGCACUCAUGGUCCAUGAGCUCGGGCACAACCUGGGCAUUCAGCAUGACCACUCAGCCUGCUCGUGUAAAGGCAAGCACCUUUGCCUCAUGCAUGAAAACAUCACCCAAGGAAGUGCCUUCAGCAACUGCAGCUCUGACUCCUUCUACCGUUUCCUUCUCGGACACAAAGGGGCUUGUCUGUUUAACAAGCCACAGCGCAGAAGCCGCAAGCACAGGAGUGCUAGGUGUGGAAACGGUGUGAUAGAGGAGUCAGAACAGUGUGACUGUGGGGAUUCAUGUGAACAGAAUCAGUGCUGUGACACAAACUGUCACCUGAAGAAAAAUGCAAAGUGUAGUAAUGAACCAUGCUGUUCUAGAUGUCAAUUUCGAAAAAAGGGAUUCCUGUGUCGUGCUCUUAUUGGGUUGUGUGACCUCCCAGAAUACUGUGAUGGUGCUUCAGCAAUGUGUCCUGCAGACAGGUAUAUGGAAGAUGGAUCUGUGUGUAAUAAGAAUUUCUAUUGUCGUAGUGGUCAUUGCAUGGACUAUAAUGGUCAGUGUACCUUUGUUUUUGGGAACUCAUCAAGAUCUGCCUCAAAGGAAUUGUACAUUAAAAUGAACAGGAGAGGCGAUCGAUUUGGGCACUGUGGCCGUGUCCCUGGGCCUCCAGAAAGCUAUAUAAAAUGUUCAGAAGAGAAUGUGCAAUGUGGAAAACUUGUAUGUGUUGGUAUUACUGUAAUGCCAAAAAUCACAGCCAGUCAAACACUCAUUCAGAUUCCUUAUAGGCAGGCAUUCUAUUGGAGCAUGGAUGGAUUUCAAAAUACAGGUGUCCGGGAUGAAGGAGAUGUCUGGCUAGGCACUCUUUGUGGUAAAAAGAAAACUUGUCAAAAUUAUAAUUGUAUUCAUAGCAACAUAAUCAGGCCUACGUGCAAUGUAGAGAAAAUGUGUAAUUCAAAAGGAGUUUGCAAUAACUUGAAGCAUUGCCAUUGUUUAGUAGGCAGUGCCCCUCCAGACUGCAAAGGUAGAGGAAAUGGUGGGAGUGUGGACAGUGGCCCGCCUGCAGAUCCAAAAGAAAGCCUAGAACUUGCACAAAAUGCCAAGAAAAGAACCAAUACGUUGCAAAACUUAAAAUUAGUAGUAGUAAUUACAGUAAUGACACUAGCUAUAAUAGGCAUAACAGUUGGCCUCGUCUACAUUAUUAAAGGUGGGGAAAGAGAAGUAGAAGAACCAGAAGAAGAAGAGGAGGAAGAAACUUAUCCAAAGACCCCCAAAGAGCAUCAAGAAGCUCCUACAGAGAUCCCUAAAAAGAUUCCUCGAGAAGAGGUGCCAUCAGAAGAAUCCUUUGAAGAACUCCCACCAGAAGCAACAGAGGAACAAAUUGAAUUAGAGUUAGAACAGGACGAAAUAUGA